GGGUUUGGGCCGGAAUUAUUGUUCUUUUUUGCCAAAGCCCUAAACAAAACUGGCCCAAUUAGAUACAAUCACAGGUAUGGAUACGUCGCCUGUUUAAGGUACAUAUUUUUUCUUUUGGUCAAGUUUAAGGUACAUAGCACAAGGGGAUCAUGUUCAACUCUAUUCCAUAUAUUGUAAGUGACAAUAAAAUGGAUCAAUUGCAGAAAAUGAAGAAGAGCAUAUUGUUGAAAGCAAAUAAUUGCAAAGAAAUAGAGCCAAAAGUUGUGGUUUGUGGUUUUGCCGUUUUGGUGAUCACAAGGCAGAGGCGGAUAAAACAGAGAGGCUCCGGCCAACUUAGUAAACACCAAACCGGCCGAAAUCCAAGACACAAAAAACAAUGCUUCAUUCUAUGAAUGGUCUGGAUUUCUCUUGCUUUCUCCACAUCUCACUUUCACAUUCCACUUUGGCUCACUCAGUUUCAGGUACCAUUAAUCCUUCAUAAAUGGGAUUUUGAGCAGGCAGCAAGCGUUGUCUUUUACUAACAGAAUAGUACACAUUUUCUUGUAAGUAAUUUAGUUGAGUGGGAAAUAUGGGUGAGGUUGAUACCAAACCAAUUGAAUCAGUCCAGGCUGCUUUGUCCUUGUUUGAAGAUAAAGCUGAUCACCGGAAAUCCCGCCCUACCAGCACCGAUAUGGAGAGUGAGAAAGAGAGAGAAAUUGAAGGUAUACUAAAGGAUUUGGCCAAUUACAAGGUGCAAUUGGAAGCAAAGGAUGCUGCCUAUAUGCAAGCUCUCCUUAAGCUGCAACACAAUCAGUACACAGCAGAAGAGCUUUCCACUCUGGUUCAAAGCAUUGAGAUUGAGAGAGAUGAGUACAUACGAGACUGUAAAGAGGCUAGGACUCGCGUGGAUGAACUCGAGUCCAAGGUGAAGGAGAUGGCUGAUCAGCUUUCGGAAACUGCCGAGCUACGCGAGCAGCUUAUGCACGUUUUUAGCGAGUUGAAGGCCACACAAGCCGAGCUGUUUAGCAUGGAAACUGACCUCGCGCGUGCCAGAGAUUCAGAGCUCAAGGCCCUAACACAAGCGGAACUGAUGGAGAGUGCUUUCGUCAUGGAGCAAGAAAGGACAGAAGAGCUUGUGAGACAGGUUGCAGAUCUCAAUGAGGCGAUAUUCAUGUCAAAAGGUGCUGCCAUUGAGGCCGAGAAUGACAAGUUAGCAAUGUUAUCUGAGAAAGAUGCCGAGAUUGAGCUAGCUACACAAGCUGCUCUUAAAGCACAGGAGCAGCUAGAAGACGCAAGAAUACAAACACUAGCAGUUCAGGAGUUGGAGAAUCAGCUCCUUUCCAAGUCUGAGUACAUUGAAAUGCUUAAAUAUGAGAUCAAAGAUGUAAAUGAACAACUUGUUUUGUCCAAGAAGGCUGCUUCUGAUGCUAUUGAUAAUCUGAAGCUGGUACAAGAAGAGUUAGAAGGGAUGGAAAGAAAGAACUUCGAUCAGGAUGGUUUGAUUGAGUCACUUGAAAUGGAAUUGAAUCAGUUAAAACAAGAGAUAAUAAAUGCUAAUGAAGUGGCUAAUCGCUUGAAGGUUGAUGUUGAAAUUCUAACCAGCAAGUUACAGGAGGCAAGAAGUGAGAUUGAUGAAAUCAAGCAGAGGGAAAACAAUGCACUAGUUGAGAUAGCAAUGCUGGAAUCUGAGCUGCAUAGAGGAAGGUCAAAAAUUGCAGCAGCUGAGGCAGCUGAAGCAAGAAAGGAGAACAUGAAAUCUGGGAUGUAUCUUGCAAUUCAGCAACUAGCAAUAGAAGCCGAAACUGCCAAGAUGGAAAACAGAAUGUUAAAACAAGGAGCAGAUGGGGUAGAGGAAGAAGCUGAUGAACAAUAUCAGGAUGCUGAAGCUUCCGAAAUUGAAGAACUCAAUGUUGAAGAAGAUCAUGAAGAGAGAAAAGAACAGGAUAAUGGACAACUUAUAACAAUUUCGUUGAAGGAAUAUGAGUGCUUGAUUGAGAAGGCAGAGAAGGCUGAUCAAAUUCCUGUGUCAUUGGAGAAGGAACUUAGUUUUGGUCGACAGUCAAGCUUAAGCGCCACAGAAGACAAGUCUGAGUUGGAAAGGUUAGGGAAGGAGCUAGAGGCUGCUUUGGAAAAAGUAGUGCAAUUCAGGAACCGAGCAGAACAGGCAGUUACGAGGGCUGAUCUUGCUGAGACAGCUAAAGCAGGACUCGAGGAUCAGAUAAGGCGAUGGAGAGAGCACAGGCAAAAGAGAAGGGCUGCUCUUAUUGCACUUAGGGAGGUAGCUGCUCCAAAAGAAUAUGGAUAUCAUGCUCCUCAAGAAUUUAGCCUUCCUGAAUACAAUGAAAUACAAAAGGAAAAUCCCCCACUAGGUCAGGUACUUAACUUGAAAUUCUAGUUUUGCACAGUUUAGGCCAGCUACUGUUCAUGUG